AGCCUUGAUUGCGGGGGCAGAUCUCCCCGAGUUGGUCUGUGUCAUCCCUGCUGGGGAGCCGCUAAACUUUGACAAAAAUUCCCAGGCGGCGGCCGGCAAGUCCCUUGUAGCAUGAUCUCAUCAUAAGCUUGGGAAGCUUGUGAAUCGGACGGCGAGCUUUGCUGAUCUGGUGAGCCUUGGGUUCUUCGGUUGAGCGAAACGUCAAUUGAUAGCUCUCAUACAUGCACCCUGAAUUUCUCUUGUGCUUUCUCUAAAUCAACCCAUCUCGUUCACCCAUCCACCCAAUUUGCACCCCCUCUCCAUUCUCACAUCCCACCAUGUCAACCGCAACCAAACGCCUCAUCGUCUUCGGCGGCAACGGCUUCCUCGGCUCCCGCAUCUGCCGCUCCGCCGUCGCCCGCAACUGGGAAGUCAUCUCCAUCAGCCGCUCCGGCCAACCCCACUGGCCCUCCUCCUCCCCACCUCCCUCCUGGUCCAGCUCAGUAACCUGGCAGAAAGGCGACAUCUUCAACCCCCAAUCCUACCUCCCCUUCCUCCCCUCAGCCACCCACAUAGUCCACACCCUCGGCAUCCUCCUCGAAGCAGACUACAAAUCCCUCCUCUCCGGCCGCCCCUCCCCCGCCAACCCCCUAGACCGCAAACCCGGCGACCCAAGUCCCCUUAACACACGCAGACAGGUAACCUACGAAACCAUGAACCGCGACAGCGCCAUCCUCCUCGCAAAAGAGGCCGAAAAGGCAGGGGUGGAAGGCUUCGGGUACAUCUCCGCCGCUGCUGGAGCGCCAGUCCUACCCUCGAGAUAUAUCACCACCAAGCGGGAAGCAGAGGACAUUAUCCAACGCGAGUUUCCCAAGCUGAGAUCGGUCUUCUACCGCGCGCCGUUCAUGUGGGAUAGUUCUAGGGCUGUGAGCCUGCCUAUUGCUGCCGGGGGCCUGGUCGCGAGCACGGUGGAUGGGCUCACGGGGGGGUUGCUCAGGGGGGUGCUGGGGGCGGCCGCAAUCAAACCUCUCAAGGUGGACUUGGUGGCUGAUGCGGUGGUGGAGGGGCUGGGUGACCAGAGUGUGAGGGGGGUUGUUGAACCAAAAGAGAUUGAGGAGUUGGGGACCAAGGGGUGGAGAAGAACGAUGCUGUAG